AUGAGCGGCGGCGGCGGGGGCGGCGGCGAGGGCGGCGGCGAGGGCGGCGGCGAAGGAGACAGCGAGGGCGGCGGCGAGGGGCGUCGCGAGGUCGGCGGCGAGGGCGGUGCCGCCUCGCCCGCGGCCUCGCCGGCCGCCACCGCCGCUGCUGACCCUGCUGCGGUGGCAGAGGGCGGCGGCGAGGGCGGCGGCGAGGGCGGUGGCGAGGGGCGUCGCGAGGUCGACGGCGAGAGCGAUGCCGCCUCGCCCGCCGCCUCACCUGCCGCCACCGCCGCCGCUGACCGAGGCGUCACCGCCGCCGCUGAUCAAGGCGCCGGUGAGGGCGGCACCGCUUCGGCGGGCGGAGCGGCAGGGGCCGAGCUGCCGCCCGCCUCGACAUCGGGGGCGCAGCCCAUGUCUGACCCCGCUUCAGCGGCGGACGGCGGCGUGCGGCCCUCUGCAUCAUCGGAGCCGGCGGGGGUUGGCGCUCGGCUUGAGGGGGGAGCGGAGGUAAUCAUGCUCAAACCCUCUGGCCGCCCGCCAAACAAGGGGGGGGACAACCGCACCGACCUCGGCUUGUCGAGCUUCGUCUCCUCCAACGCAGCGGGUACCUACGACCUCCACGUGCGGGAGGGGGACGACAUCUCCUACCUCAAGAUGAGCGGCGGCGGCUGGGGGAAGGUCGCCGCCGACCAGCAGCGGCAGCUUCGAGACGGCGACCAGCUCUCGGUCGGUGGUCUCAAGUUCUACGUCCGCAUCCCGGGGGGAGGCAGAAAGCGGGCUAUGGCGGAGGAGACGCCAGCCGUGGACUGCAAACGUGCGUGCACCGGGAACCGGGACGAGGUGGACGCAAAGAUGACGUUCUACGCCAUGAGCCUCGCGCAGCUGCAGCACGAGGCCGUCUCGGCCGGGGGCCUCGAGGGAGCGGACAAGGCGCAGGCGCUCAAGAUGCUGCGUGCGGGUGCGAUCGGCGUCACGAUGGCCACCGCUGCGACGCUCGACGGCCGGCCGCUCGUUGGCGCGAAGCAGAUGGCGGGCGUCACUGCCAAGGCGGCGAAGGAGGCGGCGAUGAAGCGGCGGCGGGAGGACAAAGCGGCCUCCUCGGCGGCUGGGCGAGCGGAUCGGCGCGAGAGGCACGAGGAAAAGCGGGCGCGGCGCGAGGUGGCGGGCGGCAAGCGCGGCGGGCAGGGCAAGAGUGCGGGCGGGCGGGCGGAGCGGCGCACGUACAACGGCCGCACCGUGGCGCGCGCGGCGCGGCGGCAGGAGGAGGAUCGUCGGAGGGGCAAAGGUGAUGGCGGCGGCAAGGGCAGCGGCGGCAGUGGCAAGGGCGGCAGCGGCAAGGGCAGCGGCGGCAAGGGCAGCGGCGGCAAGGGUGGCGGCGGCUACGGCGGCGGCGGCUGCGGCGGCGGCGGCUACGGCGGCGGCGGCUACGGCGGCGGCGGCUACGGUGGCGGCGGCUACGGCGGCGGCGGCUAG